AUGGCUCACCCAGCUGAUAUCCCAGUCCUGCCUAAGGGUCACCGCUCUCGUCCUGCUCUGGACACGGUGAUUACCAACGGUGUGGUCUCUCCUCCUGCGGAGGAACAGCAGUCGGGGAAAGCUGUGGUCAACAAUGAGACUCAUUCUGCUGCUGUCAAUGAAGCAACAACUGCGUCAGUAGCUGGCAGCUCCGGCUUAACUACGGCUGAAAAAGCGGCAAUGUCAUCAGCGACUCUCACUGACAUUGAUGGUUUUCUCGAUGACGACUCCGACGAUGAGAUGGUGAUUGACUUGGUUAAGGAAGCUGACUUCAGGCUGCGCUCCGUUGCUAUUCUGCUGAUCCUGUUUAUGCUGAAAAAAGAGGUUGCCUCUGCGUCGCUGAAAGCAUCGCCGCUCUUCCUCCCUAUCCUCCGCGAUCCAGCCAUUGCUCUCAUUUCCACCGGCAGCAGCAGGGAGGAGUGGAUCUGCACGCAAGUGGGCUGUGGGAAGGCAAAGGGGAAGAGCCUUAUGGCUGCAGCAGAUCACAUCUCCCCAGCUGCUCAUCUGCAGCAGCUGGCAAAGGCCGGCUCUGCCACGAAGGAGUCGCUCGACAAGAUAAAUCUCACCGUGAUUCGCAAGGAGUACGGACUGUGA